AUGAUCCAAAAAUGUAAACAAGGCCUCAGAUAAAUUGAUAUAUUUGGAUAAACUAUUAAUCUUAGUUUUAGAUAAGAAGAAUAGUAUAAGACCAGUAUUGGGGGAUUUCUAUCUAUUUGUAUGAUAGCUACUAUCAUCAGCUUUUUCUAUUCUAAUAUUAUAAACUUUUUUGCAAAGUUAAAUGUAACAUCAACAUCAGAAUUCACAUUCUCUAAUGAUCCAGAUAUUUUGAGUUUAGAUAAGAAUAAUUUUAUGUUUGCUGUUUAAAUCGAAUAAGAUAAUUUCACUACUAAUCCUUUUUUCAAUAUCACAGUUGAAUAGCGUCAUUAUUAUCGUUUUCCUAAUGGAACAUAAUAUAGACAUCCAAAAAUAUAUAUUGACUUGGUACCUUGUACGGUAGAGCAUUUUUCACAUCUUUUCGAAUAAUACAGUGUUAAUUUUACAGAUUAAUUUGAAUAGUAGAAUCUAAGAAAUUUCCUUUGUCCAAAUCUUGACUUUAUACAUAGUUAAAAUCUAACUGUGGGAGGGGUUUGGACAAGUGAUGAUUAUUACUUCUUAAAAUUCUCUGUUACAAAUUGUAUAAAUUCAUAAGACAGUAAUUUUACUUGGAAACCAACAUGCAAAACUUCUGAUGAAAUAACAAAUGCCUUAAAUUCAUAAGGAAGUUUUCGAUUUUAAGUUUAUACAACUAACUUUGUAAUUUAUAAAAUAUAUAUUUUCUUAUUAGUUAAUCAAUCCAAACAGGCCAAAAGAUUAUGUUUAACCAUUUUUAGCUACAGAUUAAUUUUACACUUUUGUUCCUGACAAAAUGUUCGUUUAAUCAGAUAUAUUUUUUAGAACAAAAAAAGUUACUACUGAUUAAGGAAUUCUCAUGUAUCCAGAUAAACAAAAUUAAACUUUUGCAUUUAGAGAUUAUGCAGAUUAAAGAGAGUAAUUUGAAAUAUCCAGAAUAACUCCAAAUUAUUAUGGAGCAUUUUAUUUUUAAAGAAGUCCCUAUUCUUAUUAAAUCAAUAGAAAUUUUUUACGUUUGGAUGAAUUAUUAAGUUAUUUAGGAGGGUUUACAUAAUUUAUGAUUGUCGUGGUUGGAAUUCUUGUAAAAUUUUACAAUAGAUAACAUUUAAUUGUUUCUAUAGCUAAUGACCUUUAUGAAUUUGAUAUGAGUUUUAAUAGAAUGAAUACUCAAAUGAACUUUAAUAGUCUUUUAGAAAAGAAAGAGAGAGGUAAAGAGGUAUAAAAAUAAAAAACACAAAGAAAUUAAUAAACAUUGCCUAAAAUUUAGAUUAUGUCUACUUUUUAAAAUAAACCAGAAUUGUUACAAAAUACUAGUCCAGAAAAAGAGGUUUUAAAGAUAUUAGAGAAAAAGUUAUCUCUAGAAUUUGCAUAACCUGCAGGUUAAAGAGUGUAAUCAAGAUUAAGUAUUCUGAAAGUUAAAGCUUUUGAAUAUUUUGAUGAUUUUAAAUAAUUUAUUAAAAAAAAGUAUGUAAUUGGUUUAGGGUUUCGUGUUAUUUUGAGUUCUAUAUUACCAAUAGAAUCAAUUAAAAAUGAUGAUUGCAUAGUGCUUUAAAGAGCUAUGUAUUAUUUAUAGAGUAACUUAGUGAUUAAGUGAAUAAGGAGUUAGAUAUAGAAUAUAUCAUAAAACAAUUACAUGAACUAACAAAACUAAAGAAGAUUUUAUUUACUGAGGAAUAGAUUACACUAUUUAAUUUUAGUAGAAAACCUAAAAUUGCUUUAAUAUAAGAUGGAAAGAAACGUAGAUCUACAAAGUAGAAUAAAUAUAUCCUAUUUUAGGUGUAUAGUAAAUGGUGAAGUUACAAUAGAAGAAUAAGGGUUACUUAGACAAUUUAACAAUUUAGUAACUUCUUAUUAUAAAAUUAUGGGAUAGGAUACUGAAAAUUAAACUCAAGAAUAAACAAGAUUCAAUUAAAGAUUAAUUAUAUUGUUAGGUACUGAGUUAAUGAAUGUUUUGGAAAAGGAAAUUUCACAAUAAUAACAUUUUGAUUCAGAAAACAAUGAUGAUAAUGAAGAAAACCUUAUAAGUGAUAAGGAAAUAUAAAUAGAAAGGAAAGAAUGA